CAUUAGUCUAGAAAUGACGUAAAAUACCCGUAUGUAUUUUUUACGUAACUUUCUCGUACCGUAUAUUACUAGCAGUGUAAAAAACGAAAUCUUUGCCCAAAUGGGGGCCCAAGAUUUGCACUAGUUUCUUGAACCAAUUGGUUAUGGACUUAUGGUCUACUUAUUGAUCACUAUUCACUAGGUUAUCACAACCUCUUUAGUCCGGUAAAUUAAGUUGGGCCAUCAGGUGCAAGAACUACACUAGUUUCAAUGGGCAAGGAAGUCCAAUCCCUUCUAUUCAUUGUUCCAAGCCCAUGAACCAAAAAUAUAUAUAUAUAUUCUAAGUAUUCUUUUUUUUUUCCACCUUACAACUUUACAUGAUACCCCACUCAUUAAUCACAAAGAAAUUAUGACAUGAUACAUAACAUACCCUCCUAAAUAUUUUAGUUGUUUUAAAAAAAAUUGUCAUUAUAUAUUAUGCAAUUGUCAUGAUUAUUCUCAUGCUUAAAAUGCAUUUGACUACCAAUAUUCUACACGUGCCUACACAAUGACUAUGAGAUAUAAAUAGAAGUAAUUUGCCUUCGAUAUUAAUCAACAAUCAGGACUUCAACUAUUGUCUAACUGGAAGGGGCUUUUGCAGAUCCAAUGUAAUUGUCGAUUUGACAUGAAUAGGUUUUACAUGGUAGUUUUGAGAUAUUAGAGGAAACUAAAUAUUUUAUAAUAUUAGAAUGGAUUUCAAGAAUAUUGUUAUUACGGUCACAAUUUUCGGUUACCCGCCUCAUAUAUCCAAGUUUAUAAUUACACUAGAUAUUCCACUUACGAUCCCCUCAUGUGUUCCCAUUCCCAAGUCUUGGUAGUUGCCUUCCCUAUUGCUAUCAUCUCUUUGAUACCAAGAAAUACUAUCCAAAAAGAGAAUGGCAAAAUAGAAGUUAGCAGUCAAAAAGUAAGAGAGAGAUUAGCUCUGACCUCUCUCUUCCACUUUUCUCGCUCGUUUCCGUUUUCUUCCCGUUACCACCAUGGAGCCUCCAUCAGAGGCACCGCUGCCGGACCCAAAGCCACCGGAUGCAUCUCCGGAGACGACGCCUACGCAGCCAAGUAAGAAGGCGAAGGCAACCUCAAUCAGCAAUUUCUCAGGACAGGCUGACAUGGAGGUCGCGAUGAUUACAGCGAGAAGGGAAAAUACUGAUACAGAAAUGGAAACGCCGGAGAAAAAUCAAAAGCUCAGGGAAUCCUCCAACGAGGGAACCGAAGGAAAUCAACCAGGAAGGGCAUCUUAUAAAGACUCUGUCCUCGGAAAUGAGCCGAUGCCGAUUAUCCCAGAUGGGGACGACCUCAUGUCGGACGAAUCCGAUUGCGAGGAAGCAGAAGAUGAUCUGCUAUGCCCAAUGACUCGACUCUACUGUCACUCCAGGAAUUGGCCAAGUGAAACCACUUCCUAAAGCGUAGUAUAGCGGGUUUGGGUUUAAUUAUCAACCCGGGUCCUAGAUUUGAUGACUACUCAGUGAGUUCUUGUUAUCUAGCAAUGAAACUGGAAUGCAAGUCUAAACUACCAAACAAACAAAGAAAACAAACGGUUGUAUUCAAGUUAAGAGAGGUCACCCGGAUAUGGUUACCCCUAGACUGCAAUUAAGCCGGAUUGUAAUUACCAAGUUCAGUUUCUAUGAUAGUUAUAUUGUGGAAGGUUCUUAAACAGCCUGAAGUCUCGACUAAAGGUCUUCAGACCCUCUCAAUCUGAGUCUCUAGCGGGCGACUAACCUCCACCGGAGUAAACAGAUUGAGGCCCUAAGAACAAAACCUCCACUACCGGAGUAAAUCUGGUACAGAAUAGUGAGUUGGUUCCUCGACUAAAGUCACCAACUCCCUACCUUCAAUCAAGGAUACUCUAUUAACCUAGGUAGAUAUUCUCAUUCUAGGUUAAAGCAGAAACAACAGGAAUUUGAUCAGGAUUCAAGUCAUUCAAUCAUCAAAACCUCAAUCGAAUAUAAUCAAUCACAGAAUCAGUACUUGGGUUCAUACAAUCAAAGCCUAACAUACAAAUCUAGGGUUCUCCAUACCCAGAUGAAUGGGAGAACUACUCCAUGGAAAAGAAAGCAAAAGCAGAAUCAGACACGGAAUUCAUACUGCGAAGGAUGGAUUCCUGCUUCUGGACGUUGAUUGGCACUUCUCCAAGCUCAAGCUGGCCUCCAAUGGUGUUGAAGAUCAAUCUAGGGCACUUGGGAACUCUUGCUCGUCACUUUCUCUCUCUAGAAGUCGUUCUAUCUCUCAAAAACUCGAAUCCUCCCGAAUUGUGGCUGAAAUUCUGCUUAAAGGGAGAAAAUCCCGACUCACACGGCCAGGGUGGCACGGCCGUGCAGCUCACCCAGUUGCCCGUGUGAGUCAAAACGCAUCGUUUCAUUUAGUUCGAAUUCCAGGCUCUUUGCACGGCCAGAAUGGCACGGCCGUGUGGACAUCCCCUCUUGCCCGUGUUUGCUCUCGCAGAAUGUGGCACGGCCAACCCGGCCACUUGCACGGCCGUGUCGAUCCUCUGCUCUGCCCGUGUGUGCUCUCGGCAAAACUCGCACGGCCAGACCAUUACUUCACACGACCGUGUGAACAUCAGGGCAGCCCGUGUGACCUCCUUUGUGACUUGUCUCGCGCCCGAUCUUCACCCAAUCGACCCCGAACUCUCUCCUAAACCUUCAUUCACUUGCCAGGACCUGAAAUAUCACAAACAAGCACAACCUAGCGUGAAAUCGGUCUAAAACACGAGAAACCACAUCUCAAACGGUGUAAGAACAGGGGUGAAAACAUGUGUAACUAACGGUCUAUCAAACUCCCCCACACUUAACCGUUUGCUUGUCCCCAAGCAAACCUAACUCAAACCAAUGCAACUCUCCAGACCUCUAUAGCAACAAACAACCCAGAUCGUAGGUAGAGGACUUCCUAGAUCAUUUAGCAGCUUACGAGGUCAACCGACACACAAGUCAUCUCAUAACUUCUUCGGCGAGUCGGCAUCAUGGCAAAUAGUGAACAGAGGACAAAUGAAUUGUGGAUGAAGAA